AUGGCUAAUUUUUGCCCUAAUAAUCGUGACUCGGCAUGUUUCUUAGUCACUAAAUUAUCAUGGAAAGGGAGAUAUAAGAGGAUAUUCUCAAUAGGAACGUUGGCUGUUUCUACUUACAAUCCCCAAACACUAGAAAUUACAAAUCAAUGGGGUUAUGAAGACUUCAUUAGUAUCAAGCCAACACUUAAAAAUAAUUCAAACGAUAACUCUAAGAUGGACGAGUUUGUGAUAGUUGUUCGGAACAAAGGCAAAAGAGAUACCAUGAAAUUCGCCUCUGAGUACGCAGCCGAUAUCAUCACGGAAUGCUUACUGCUUAAUACAAAAUUCGCUGAUCAGACUAAUACUCCAACGGCUAUAAAUGCUGUUAAGCAUAGUUGGUCUGGGCAACGGAUUCCUGUGAUACUAAGAGCCAAUGCUGCCGCUAUGGAACAGGUUGACAAUCGUGGAGUGGUUGUACAGAUUUAUCCUUACAAGGAUAUAAAAAGUGUUGGGAAGAUUAGUAAUGCUCAAGGAAUGUUCCAAGUAGAAAUGGGAGAUCAUCGUAGGAGGCAUGCGUUCGCUUCCGCCAAUAUGGAGAAGAUCGUAGAAGAUAUGAGACAAUUAGCUUCUGAUAAUUUGGGGAUUGUUCUGCCUAUUGAUAAAAAGUCCAUAACUGUCGAUGACUUUGAGAAAACCCGCUUAGGACUCUGCAGUACUGAUGAUAAAAUCACUUCUUACGCUGAGUUUCCUGUAAAUAAGUAUACGAAGCGAAGAGAUGGUCAUGUAAGAAGGAUAUUAUGUUUGAGUGAAUCCUGUCUAAUUGAAAGAGAUCCUGCCUCUUACUCUGUAAUAUGCGCUACGCCUUUGAAAAAUAUUGUUUGCUUGGCUCGGUUAGAAAAGGAUCCUCAACAGUUUGUCAUAGAAUAUGUGACGGGUUACGGACGAAUUUAUUCCUCCAGCGAAAGGGACCUCAUAUUAGCUUCUCUGUUAGAUGGUAUCAGAGCUUCUGGUAAUGAACAAGUCUUCGUCUCUGGGCAUAGAUUUGAUCGUGCUCUCCGGUUAACACCACAUAACGUUUUACUCGAUGAGGAUGGCGAAUCUCAAAUGAUGAGGCUUGUAAUUUCUCCUUCAGCUGGUUUGAGGAGAUCGGAUCUCAUUCGACGUUUCAACGCAAAUAUUCCUUACAAUGGAUUAACAUACUCACGAACUCAUGAUGGCUUUUUUUCUGAGAAAAAGGGUAAAGUGAUUGUUGCAGCUCUGGAAGCUGUUCUCUGUGAAAAUUAUGAAAAGGAUGAUCCUCAACAUGUCCACAAAACUGAAGCUCAGUUGCAAUGCCUGAGACGUCUUUUUGCCUCUAAAAGUGGUUUCCAAGCGUUUACUGAAGUUAACGGAGUACGCGAGAAGCUGGGCACUCUUGUCAUUCGCGCUCUCUCCAAGAAAAACGAAUCGGUCGACCAUGCUGUUGUAGAAGCCCUAUCUGCUCUUAUGCAUCCUAUGCAUGAUCAAUACGAAAUAAGAAUUGAGCAACUGAAUAAGAAAAGCCUCCUAUCAUCACCCAAGUUUGUUGAAGAACUGUUGGAUCUGGUGGUUAAUCAUGUGAAUCGAGGAACAGGCUGGCUUGUCAUUGCUUCAAUGCUAGAUUUCCUCACUUAUUCCGUCUGUGCACCCUAUAGUGAGACGACCGAAGGUUCUACUUUCGACUUUAUCAUCAAACUUGUUGCUGAUAGAGGUAGAAGCUUCUACAGAUUAUUUCAUACGUCUAGUAUGACGAUUGUGAAAGGAGCUGGAAUGGUAAUGAGAGCAAUUAUUGAAGAAGCUGAUCCAGAAAUAUCAAAAAGAAUGCAAACCUUAGCCUUAACUGAAGGAGCUUUUCUUUCUCAUCUUCAGUCUGCGCUCUUGUCCAAAGGGAAAGACCUCAGAGUUAUGACCAAUAAACAACUUAGUGGUCACUUAAUCAGCUUGUGGUUAAGUGAAAAUAUACCUGCAAAUGAGCUCAUGACCCGCUGUUUACCUAGAGGUCUUUUGAACUUUCUGAACUCUGACGCAGAGGUUCCCGUCAAGGAAGCCGAUCUUUUGAUACCAAGGAACAAUUUGGAAGCCGCUACUAAUGAGCAAAGAGCGCAAGGUCCAAUCAAAGAAAAAUUAGAUUAUCUGAGAGUCACCGCGGAAGCAAGUCUUGAUCGUUUUGUUCAGCAUUGGGAUUUGGAACAGAAGCUAAACUUCAAUAUUCCCCGUCGAGUGGGAGACGAUCGCCAGCAGCAAAGACCGGUUGUAUUACGUAAAAGAAGGCAGAGAGUCAGAUCCGUCUUGAACUGGAGGCUGUUCGCUUACCAGUUCGGAAUAGAUCAUGCUCAAGCGGAUCUUAUCUGGAAUGAGAAAACUCGAACCGAGUUCAGUAAAUCUAUUGAGACGGAGUUGAUUACUUUCAAAGCCGAAAAAGAGAGAGCCUCAAACGAUAUCCAAUUAUCGUGGAAUCACACUGAGUACCAGGUCAUAUAUCCAUCUUUGGAAGAUGAAAUCAAGAUAGGGGAUUACUACCUUCGAGUUAUGCUUCAGGAAGCAGAUGAUGAUUCAACACCAAUACAUAAUCCACUGGAGUUUUUCAAUGAUGUGUAUCAUCGGUUUUUACUUUCCGCCAAGAGUGAGAUGCGUUGCUUUUGUCUACGAGCAAUGGCUGUCGCUUACUGUAGAAAUCAUGAGACUAUCGGAGCUUUCGCGGAUGCAAAAUACUUCGUAUCUAUGCUCAGUAAAUGCAAUAACCCUCAAGAGAGAGAUCAAUUGGUUUUUCUACUUUCCAAACUGGUGCUGAACCGAGACAAUGUGCGGGAGCUUAUGCUUGCCAAUGUGUUGCCAUUACUAGUCGAUUUAUGCGAUUUAGCUCACCUUGAUGUGAAGAGAGCUGUCAUUCAGAACCAGACCAAUGCUAUUGAAGCUUCGGCAAACCAACAAAACGCUGGAGAGGCUAAGGAAUGGCGUUACAAUGAUAAGGAAGGACAACAACAAGGACCGUUUUCAUUCAAUAAGAUGAAAGAGCUUUACUCUGAGAAGGUAAUUUUCGAAAAGAGCGCUGUUUGGGCUUCGGGAAUGGACAAGUGGCAAACUUUGAGUAGUGUACCACAAUUUCGUUGGACUGUUUGUCUUCCACCAGGAGCACUCGGAUUGUACCGAUUCACUGAACUAUGUUCUAUUUGUUUGGACAUCAUGAAUAAAAUGUGUGAGUAUUAUCCAUCCAGAGACAGCUAUGGGAGUGUCGUCAGGCCAAUGCCGGGUGUUAAACUACGUUUGACUGAACCAGUUCUUUUAUAUCAUAUAGUACAGCUCUUACUGACAUAUGAACCCUCCAUUGUAAAAAGAGUAGCCACUUUAUUGCUUCAUAUCAUUGAGGAUAAUCCUUUCUUGCCACGCUUACACCUUACAGGAGUGUUUUACUUCAUUCUUAUGUACAACGGAUCAGAUGUUUUACCUAUCGCGAGAUUUCUUCAUUAUACUCAUCGUAAACAGGCUUUUCAGUCUGCUAUGUUUGGAGAAACUCGGCAAUCUAUACUCUCACCUCUUUUACCUGAGGCUGCUGUCUUCUAUCUCGAUCAUUACGGACCAGACAAGUAUUCAGAAGUAUAUUUGGGAGAGUUCGACAACCCAGAAGUGAUUUGGAACACUGAAAUGAGAAAGCACAUGAUACGACAAAUAGCUAUCCACAUAGGUGAUUUCUACCCUCGGCUCACUUCAAAUGUGAAAGCUCUUUAUCAAUUUUGCCCUAUACCCACAAUAGACUAUCCUGAGCUGGAGAAUGAACUGUUCUGUCACGUCUAUUAUCUACGACAUUUAUGUGACAAACAAAGGUUCCCUGAUUGGCCUAUCCGAGACCCUGUGCCGUUCCUACGGGCUUGUUUAGCAGCGUGGCAUGGAGAACUUGUCAAAAAACCUCCUGCAAUGUCGAUAGAACAAGCGUGUGAAACAUUGGGACUUUCAAUGGCAGAUGAUAGCUGGCAAGAACGUUCCGUUGUGCGAAAAGCCUAUUACAAGUUGUCUAUUUACUAUCACCCCGAUAAGUUAACUGAUGAAAAUCGGGACAAAGAGAUGGAGUUCAGAGAUAUGUUUGCUAAGGUUAACGCUGCAUAUGAAUUGCUGUCAAGCAAUAUUAACCGAACUGCUCAAAUGGCUGGUCCAGAUACUCAACGCAUUAUUCUUUGCCUGCAAGCACAAAGUAUAAUUUACUCCCGGUACAAAGAAGAGUUGUCCGUUUAUAAAUACGCUGGAUAUGAUCGCCUCAUUAGAACUAUUGAGAUUGAGGCCAAUGAUGAGUCUUUGUUUAGGAAAACUGGAGGCGGAAUCCUGUUAUCGGCUGCCAUAGAAUUAUGUAACCACACUCUCAUGAGUAGCGCCCUUAAUGCCGAACAGCUAAGAAGAGAUCAAGGACUCGAAGCUCUGCAAACUGCAUUUGACCGUUGUUACGCUAUGAUCACCAUGAAUUCUCAGCCUACAGAUAUCCCGGUUCAGGUCUGUGAACACAUCUGUAACUGCUUUGCCACCGCGGCACAAUUCGAACAAUGUCGACAACGGCUAGCCGAACUUCCAACUUUAUUUGGAAACUUAUGUCAUCUUUUACAGUUCUCGCAAUUACCGCGUUUGUCUUCGGCUGCCGCCGAAUGUGUCUGUGGAAUGGCUGUAGAUACUCUUCUACAAACUCAGUUGUUCCAAGCUGGAAUUUUGUGGCAACUUGUUCCUCAUUUGUUCCAUUUCGAUUAUACAUUAGACGAAGGAGGUGUGCAACAUAGCGAAAACUCUAACAAGCAAUCACUAGCAAAUCGUCUGGCUAGAUCAUCUUGCGAAGCUCUAGCUUGUUUGGCUGGUUUUAGAGAACAUACUCCGGAUAAUGAUGGUGUUCAGAACAGUUUGAGAGCCCUUCUUACUCCUUACGUUUGUCGGUUAAUAAGAACAACUACCAACGAUAUAGUACUGAAAGUAUUGAAUUGUAAUACGGAGGAUCCGUAUUUGAUUUGGGAUAACGCUACCCGUGCUGAAGUGUUGCAGUUUGUGGAACGUCAUAGAACCUCUCACGAGAAUUCGAGCGAGUUGUUUGGAGCUGAAUUCCAGCUUUCGGUUUAUGCAAAAGAGCUUAUUGUAGGAGAUGUUUUCAUACGUAUCUAUAAUGAACAACCAAACUUCCCCUUGCAUGAACCCAAGAAAAUGGCGAUGGACUUGCUAGAUUUCAUAGGCAAAUAUAUGGAUGAAUUAACUGGUGCAAAGAAGCUAAAUGGAGAUCUGAUUGAUAUUGACUGGAGCAGUAAUGCCAACCAAAUGUCGUCUGCUGAGAAAGUGUUGAUGUGCAUUGAAGCUAUCAACAACUUGAUUGUGGCUAAUCCAGGUGUCGAGAUUCUCUUAAUUGGGCAUUUCAAUUUGCUUAUUUCCUAUCUACGUGCUAAGAAUCAUCCCAAAAUUCAAAUUGGAAUACUCAAAGUGUUAUCGCUCGCUGCUGGUAAUCGGGAAUGCGUGUCAGAUUUUGCGAAUGUUCGUCCGUGCUCAACACUCUUUGGUUUAAUUCUGGAACGAGAAGACGAGCUCCCUCUCAUUUUAAACAUUCUAAUAGCUCUGGCCUCAAACGGACAAAUCGUUAAGGACGUUCUCGAUUAUGGUGGUGUACUCUUCAUUCUGGCUAUUUUUGGCAACUCGCGUAAAGAUCCAGCAGUUCGACUUCAGGCAGCAGAGUUACUUGCUAAGCUGCAGGCGGAUAAACUAACGGGUCCACGGUGGACUCGCUUCAUCACGAAAUAUUUACCACCAAUAUUUGCCGAUGCAUUGCGUGACUCCCCCACCACAGCAAUUACGAUGUUCGAUUCUUCAAAUGAGAAUCCUGAACUCAUAUGGAAUGAAACAACUAGAGGGAAGGUUCAACAAAUUUUGGAAGAGGGUGUCAAGGAUAUAUAUGCAAAGCAAAAAAUUGAUCCAGAUACAAAGUGGAAUGUGACUCUCUCAGAUGACUCAUGUGCUUACUCUGACUCUGUAUCGGGAGAGUUGAUUGUAGGAGGAGUCUUCGUUCGUCUGUUUGUAGCCAAUCCCGCUUGGGCUGUAAGGCACCCCAGACAGUUUGCAACAGAGCUGAUUGAGAAAGUACUUGAUCUAAUGAAGAAACCAGGAGAUGAUUUGUCAGUUGUCACGAAAGCCUUCACAGAACUCAUGCGAUAUCAUCCCAAUACUGCAGAUCAACUACCAGCUCAAGGCUACCUUCCUCAGUUCUGUGCAGCAAUGUCAUCUAAAGAUCCGAGAGCUUCGCAGGCUGCUAUUUUAAUUCUCCAGCAGUUGUCUGAUAAUGAGCACUGUGCUGAUGCGUUGUGUAGAAUAAACUGCAUCCAAGGAAUAAUGGUCUCGAUGAAAAACCAACCUACUUUGAUGAGGGAAUCAGCUCAUGCACUGAAAUGCCUUAUGAAAAGAGGUAGUGGAGAUCUAGCUAGUCAAAUGUUGAACUGUGGAAUGAUUGAAUACUUGCUAGAUGUGCUGAAAAGUCCGAUGCCAGGUGUUGAGAAUUCUGCAGCUGCUAGAGCAGAAAUCGUGGAUGCGUUGAAGAGUGCUUGUUUAGAUUUGAAGGCUGGUGAAAAAAUCUCUACCAUCUUGAAUGCAUCUCCCAUCUGGUCUCAGUAUAAAGAUCAACGUCACGACUUGUUUUUGCCAGACGCACGAAUGCAAGCUAUCACAGGAUCAUCAACAGGUAUUAGUGGCUAUUUGACCGAGGGCAUGUUUAAUCCUCCUCCCCUCCAUUCACAACCGCCCCCUUUGUAA